GUUCCUUGAAAAUUCUUCAUAUUAAAAAGCCAUCUGACGUCAAGUUGCCAAGAAUCUCAGUUGUCUUGUCAGCGCGCUGCGUGACCAUGGGCACAAUUGGGAUCUUACGAGCUCGCUCUAGACGCGAAGAGCGACGGCUGGAUACGAAGGGCACGAGACGGGCCGUAUUGGCUGCAAAUUGGAUGCAUCGACAACGUGGCGCAGAAUCUUGAGACUUUGAUAUAUAAAGCGGCAAUUGUCUCUGGUUGUCGAAAGUAUCCGAACUUCCUCACCACGGCAUCAUUUGAUCAUCAUCACAGCUCAUCAAAUCCUUCCACAUUCUCGCUUACACACGCUCACCUGCCUCAGACUCUUCCAACACCUUCAACAUGAAGUCAUUUACCAUCCUCGCCGCCGCCCUUCUAGGCUCUACCGUGUCUGCCGCCCCCGUCGAGCCGCGUGUUGUCGCGCAGGAAUUCGACGUGACCGGUUUUAGCGCUGGCUGCGUCCCGCACGGCACCCAGUGCUCAAUCAGCUUCCAGGUCGCGAGCAACGAGACGCCGUUCCCGACGACGUGCACCUUCACGGGCGCGCCGCUGGGCGUCGGCUCGCUGCCCGACGUCGGCUUCACCGCGUGCGCGGACCCGUCCGUCGCUUGGUCAUUCCGCGCCGUGCCCGUCGGGUCUGGCGCCGCCCCCUUCUACGAGCUCGCCCUCGCCACUGCCGAGCAGAGCCUUGCGGCUGCCAAGUUCUUCCCCGCGUCCGACUUCCCGAUCGUUAAUGACGGCUCGUCGUUCCACCAGACCUAUACGGGUGCUGGUAGUUUUGUUAUUGCUUAGUUGGCUGGAUGCUUGCAGGUCCAUUGAGCCCGGCUGUUAGGUUAUUGAGCUGACGGCGGUUUAACGAGAAGAGAUGGGCUACGAGUGAUAAGAAACAUAAAGAAUAGGGUACCUAGCCAAACAAGGAAUGCGAUAUUUUGUUUGCUUUCGUUUGAGUUUGUUCGUGAUGAUCUAGACUAUUACACGCCUUUAACAAAAAAAGUGAACUUAAUGUGCAAUUUAACAAACAAGAAGGCGGGAAUAGCCUAGAGGCCUUCACUUUUUCA